UCUUUUAGCCCUUCUUCAGUAGCAAGCGAACACUGGAUGCGUAACUCGUUGUAACUAGACGACAUUCGCUAGAAAACAUCGAGGAAGCAUUCAUUGAGGAAAACAGGCCGAGCAAAGAUACAAUGACUCUAAACAAUCUUUUGCAAUAUCUUCAUUGGUUCAGGAAACCAUCUCGCACUAAAACUAAGGAUGGCGAAGAUGCAAACAAGAAACUUUUUUCAUUCGUCGAUAGAAACUGUGUUGGCAGAGACCUUGUGUUUUGUGGCCCCUACGGUCCUAUCUCAGUAACAUACUGCGACUAUACAGCUUCUGGAAGAGCAUUACAUUUUAUUGAAGAAUAUAUAUUCAAAGAAGUUCUUCCUCAUUAUGGCAACACGCAUACGACAACAUCUGUUACUUCAUUGCAGACUACACAAUUCAGAGAGCAAGCAAGGGAAAUCAUUCGUACUGCUGUGAAUGCUGGAAAAGAUGACGCCGUAUUAUUCGUUAGUAGUGGUGUCACCGGAGCAAUUAACAAACUUAUUCAUGUAAUGGACUUCAAAUGCCCUCCUGUUGUUUUUGUUGGGCCCUAUGAACAUCAUUCGAAUCUUCUUCCAUGGAAAGAAAUUGGUGCCGAGGUUGUUUGGACGCAAGAGGAUAAAAUUGGGAGGGUAGAUGUCAAGUUUCUUGAAAAAAAUUUAAUAAAUUACAAAAACAGCAAUAGAGUACUGAUCGGUAGUUUCUCUGCGGCAUCAAAUAUAACUGGGAUUCUCACGGAUGUUGACGCAAUUGCCAAAGUGCUACAUAAAUACGGAGCAGUGGCAUUCUUCGACUAUGCAACUGCAGCUCCAUAUGUAAACAUCGACAUGAACCCAAGGAAUGAACGAGAAGCGGCGAAAGAUGCUAUUUUCAUUUCAACGCAUAAAUUCGUCGGAGGUCCUGGAACUCCGGGGCUGCUCAUUGCAAAAAAGAAUCUGUUUGAAAGCUUAAUCCCAUCUCAACCUGGCGGAGGAACUGUGAUCUUUGUCACCGAAAGCUCACAGGCAUAUAACCAGAACAUAGAAACGAGGGAAGAGGGUGGUACCCCAUCAAUCAUUGAAUCGAUUCGAGCAGGCAUGGUUUUUCAAUUGAAAGAGGCUUUGAAAGCGGAAGAGAUCAUGAAAAGAGAACACAAAUUAGUCACAGAUGCUUAUGCCUUUUGGAAAGAUAUACCAAACAUAGUCAUACUUGGAAACAAGGAAGCUGUGCGAUUGCCAAUAUUCUCGAUUGUCUUUUAUCAUAAAGAAUCUGGCAUGAUGCUCCACCAUAACUUUGUUUGUGCAAUUUUGAAUGAUGUUUUUGGGAUACAAGCCCGCGGUGGUUGUGCCUGCGCAGGACCAUAUGCAGAGAAUCUUCUUGGUAUGGAUGAAGAUGUGGCAUUGAGAUAUUCCAAUAUUUUGGUGAAGGAAAAUAGAACGACGGUGGACGAACUGAUAGAUUUAGAAGAAUCAUGUGAAGUUUCAAACGACGGCAAAUGUAGCUCUGGAGAUUCUGAAUCCCCAAGUGAAAUCUUGAAACCUGGGUUCGCUCGCUUAAAUCUUCCGUUCUUUCUUUCUGACGACGGGGUGAGGUAUGUUCUUGCAGCAGUGAAAAUGGUAGCAGAGAAAGGGUGGAAAUUCCUAUUGCAGUAUAAUUACAAUAAAGCAACUGGUGAAUGGAGACAUAGAAAUGAUCAGGUGAUGAAGCAUCGAAAGACUAUGGGUCAGAUCAAAUAUACAAAGAACGGAAUGACAUAUCCUAAGGACAAAGUCUCAAAAAGCAAGGUUCUUAGUUAUAAGCAACGCUUAAAGAAUGCAAAGCGAAUUUUCAUGGAAGCUGGCUUCGAAAAACAUUUGAAAGAUUAUGAAAAGCAAGUGGCUGCCAGGGAUCGAAAUGAUGAAAAUAUUUCCAGCUUAUUUGACGAAGAGGAAGAAAAGUUACGUUGGUUUUUGUUGCCUUCAGAGGCAGCAUCCUUUUUCAAUGGCAAUAGAAGACAGUCAUGCAUACCAAACCCCCCAUUCACACCAAGGACCACAAUUAAAAGACUUGCAACUAUUAGAUUGAUAAAAGGAUCGAUCUCGCCAAUUACUGGCCAAGAAUAACAGCCAUGUGUGCUUCUUUUUCUUGCCACAUUGAAGCGGAAGUAAGUGUUUGUUUUGAAAAAGCGAACCAUGGUAAUCUUGACUACGCAAAUUUUGUGUCCAGUGAAAUCGUUUAAUAGAUUUCUUCAGCAAUAUUUAAAUAUUUAUUUUUUAUUGGCAACGCCAAAUUGUUUUGAUUUUUAAUACAAUUAUGUAAAUAUGUAUUGCAUUAUUAUCAUCUUUAUAAAGAAAGUUUAUCAAGCAUUAUGUAAUAUGAUCUUAAGUCAUAUUUAACAAAGUUUUCAAGUCAGAAUGUAUGGUAGAUUUAAUUGUAGCAACUUAGUUUGCAUAUCAGUACUUCUCGAUGUUUAUAAUGUUUCUAAAAUAAUUGGUAGAAUUUUAGUUGAGAUGUAUUAUAUUCUUUCCACUUUCAAAUGUUUCCUUUAUAUGCUUUUCAACUUAGUUUCCUUGAUUGCUCAAAAAAAGUUUCUGGAUACAUAUAGCAGAACACACAGACUGUGCGUGACACAGAGCAUUAUGGAAGAGGUUUUGAGCAAGAAAUUUUAAUGUCUGCAUCUCGUUUUUAGAAAAGGCAACAAUUUCUAAAUCACGUGUAAGCAGUGGCGGAGCCACGGUGGGAAUUGGGGGACUAGUCCCCCUCCACUUUUUCAGAAAGUCGGUCCUUGAG